GAUCGAACGCGCGAGACCUCGUUUUGAUCUCUAUCUUUUUUUUUUCCCCAUUUCACGCGAUGUCCCACGGCCGAUGCAUGCUGGCAUUCCUCUUUGGUUUGUGGGCGAUCCUUCCGCCACGCCAAACUCACUGUGCCACAAACGUCACCGAUAUCGCGGAACAGGUCCAGGAGAACGAACUGGCGAAACUGGUGAAGAUGUUCUCCAAACCGGGCGCGUUCAAGCGGAUCGAUGCGAUACUUGGUGAGAAUACCAUCGAGGCAUCGUUCACGAGCUGUCCCAUGGGCGAAGAGGGCUUGGAGUGUCGAAGGGCGGAGGCUCGACGAUCGGUUGACUGUCCACGAGGUGACUGUUUCUGUUACGAUUGCGCCGCUGCCGGACCCGACUUGUGGGCCUCCUGUUGCCGUGAAAGCUUGAGGUGCUGCUCUCAUCUCGCAGCGGCUUGCAGAACGUGCGAUCAUCCGACACUGUAUCCCUUCUGCGCCAAACACUUCAAAAAAUGCGUAACUCAGUAUAACGAGAAGAAACAGAAUUAGGGACAAGAUUUCUCUGAAGAUGUCUCAACUGUGAUAGUUGGUUUACAAUGACGAUGAUCAUGUGACAGAAAUAUUUGACUUGUCCUCUGCACUAUCAAAUUGUUUGCAUAAACGUUCCAACUGAAUUAGAGAAAUUUACUUAAUUAAUCGUAUUACACAUUGCAUAACCGAAGUUUUUACACCGUGUCUCUAAAUACAGCAUUUACCCUCGAAAUCGUUAAACUGGUCCAUCAAUCUAAUUGCUUCUAGGUCCAACUUUGUGAAACAAAGAUUUUUAAUUCUGCAGUUGAUUGUACUCGAAUAUCUUCAUAUCAUUCAAAUGACAAAUCUACAAUCAGACAUUUAUAUUAUUUGUGGAAUGAUAUAUGAUAUACAAUUAUGUUACUUAAAC